AACCGGAAGACCGGUUGGGGACUCGGAAAUGCCGCCUGUGCAGGUGUCCGGUCUGACCGUGGAUUUUCCGUUCACACCGUACAAAUGUCAGGAGGAUUACAUGGCCCGAGUGAUCGAGUGUCUGCAGAAGGGGGUCAAUGGCGUCCUGGAGAGCCCGACGGGGACUGGAAAGACACUGUGCCUACUCUGUGCCACCCUGGCCUGGCGCCAGCACUUCAAAGACGGGAUAAGUGCGCGUAAAAUCGCUGAGCGCAUGAACGGAGCAGAGCUGUUCCCCGACCGGCCCACCGCAGCGUGGGGAAACGCGGAGGCAGAAAGUCAAGGCUCGGCUUAUUACACCGACGUCCCCAAGAUCAUCUACGCCUCCAGGACCCAUUCGCAGCUGACACAGGUUAUUGGGGAGCUGAAGAACACUUCAUACAGGCCCAAGGUUUGUGUUCUGGGGUCCAGGGAGCAGCUGUGCAUCCAUCCUGACGUUAAGAAGCAGGACAACAACCAUGUUAAGGUCCACAUGUGUCGUUCCAAAGUGUCCACCCGGUCCUGUCACUUCUACAAUAACGUGGAAACGAAGAGCACCGAGAAGGACCUGACCAGCCACAUUCUGGACAUUGAAGAUCUGGUGAAGAACGGAACCAAGCACAGGGCCUGUCCAUACUACCUGUCCCGGGGCCUGAAGCAGCAAGCAGACAUCAUAUUCAUGCCGUACAAUUACCUCCUGGACCCCAAGAGCCGCCGAGCCCACAAUAUUGAUCUGAAAGGUACUGUUGUGAUAUUUGAUGAAGCUCACAAUGUGGAGCGGAUGUGUGAAGAAUCGGCCUCCUUUGACCUGACGCCGUAUGACUUGGCUUCCGGAAUCGACGCAAUAAGUACGGUCAUGGACGAGCAGGUGGAGAAUGUGCAGCAGAAGCGCAUUAAUUCUGAAUUCAACAUGGAAACCCCGAAUUCCGGUCUCAACGUGGAGCUAGAAGACCUGGCCAAGAUAAAGGGCUCGCUCCUGCAGCUGGAGAGCGCCAUUCAGUCGACGUCACUUCCCGCCAACGGCCAAGGAGUCACCAAGGAUGGAAGUUUCAUCUUCGAGUUGUUUGCGUCCGCGGGGAUCACGUUCGAUACGAAGUCGAUGCUGCUGGAGCUUCUGGACCAGAUUAUUCAGCAUGUCGGAGGAAGUUCUGGUGUCUUCACAAACACUCUGGGGCUACAGAAGCUGUCGGAUAUUAUCCAGAUUGUAUUUAACAUCGACCCCCCGGAGGGCGCUGCAGCUUCUGCCUCCAAGCUGAAAAUCUCGCAUUAUUACAAGGUUCAUAUCCACCCCGACACGAGCCAGAGGAAGAAGCCUCGCGGAGAUGUUUGGAGUAACUCUAAAAAGCAAGGAGGGAAUGUGCUGAGUUAUUGGUGUUUCAGUCCCGGGUACACGAUGCACGAUUUGGUGAGACAGGGCGUGAGGAGCAUAAUUCUGACCAGUGGGACCCUCUGUCCGCUCUCUUCCUUCACCAUGGAGAUGCAGAUCCCGUUCCCGGUGUCUCUGGAGAAUCCUCACGUCAUCGAGAAGCACCAGAUCUGGGUGGGUGUUAUUCCCCGCGGCCCCGACGGAGCGCAGCUCAGCUCUGCGUACGAUAGAAGGUUCUCGGAGGAUUAUUUAUCUUCCCUGGGAAAGACAGUCGGUAAUAUCGCCCGGGUGGUUCCUCAUGGACUUUUGGUAUUUUUCCCUUCAUACCCGGUUUUGGAUAAAAGCCUUGAGUUUUGGAGGGAUCAGGGUCUGUCUGCGCGGAUAGAAGAUGUGAAGCCCAUGUUUGUGGAGCCUCGGGGUAAAGGAUCCUUUAACGAGGUGAUGGACGGCUACUAUGAGAAGAUCCAGAGCCCAAGCAGUGGAGGAGCCAGCUUCCUGGCCGUGUGUCGGGGAAAGGCUAGUGAGGGGUUAGAUUUUGCCGACUAUAAUGGCCGCGGUGUGAUAAUUACCGGGCUGCCCUUCCCCCCGCGCAUGGACCCCCGGGUAGUUCUGAAGAUGCAGUUUCUGGAUCAGAUGAGACGUGUUCAUGGUUCUUCUGGGCAGUACCUGUCGGGGCAGGAAUGGUACCGGCAGCAGGCCUCACGAGCGGUGAAUCAAGCUAUAGGCAGAGUCAUCCGGCACAGACAAGACUAUGGAGCCAUCUUUCUGUGUGAUCACAGGUUUGGGAACAGCGACGCGCGUGCACAGCUCCCCUCCUGGGUCCGCCCGUACGCCCGCAUCUACGACAACUUUGGACACAUCAUACGGGACGUUUCUCAGUUUUUCCGGGUUGCACAAAAAAUUAUGCCCCAGCCGCCCAUGCACGGAGUUCACCAAGACAAGCAGCAGACGGUGGUCGUGUCCAGCUCCCCAUCGCCAUCCAUCUCUUCUUUUCGCAGUGCGUUCGGCGCCCACGAUCCGGCAAGGAAAGCAAAGAACUUGGACUCUCACGUCCCCAGCCUGAAACGCAAGCGUGAGGGGUGCAGUGGGAACCCCGACUCCGCCACGGACUCCGGUCUCUGCGAGGGGUAUGAGCCGGUUCUAGAUACCAACAGGCACCGUCCGGCUGGUUUAUUAGAUGCCUUGGAUCACACAGAGAGAAAGAAACCAGAAGAUCCGGGUACCGAGGGGCAGGUGUCCCGGCUGUCCACGCUGUCCCUGCAGUACGACAAGAGGCUGGCGGACGAGCAGAGAGGAGGCAAGAAAAAGAUAAAGAUUGUGCAGAAUCAGGUUCUGGAUCAGAGUUCUCCCCCCAGCCAGAAGCUGAGCAGCGCCUUUGCCUUCCUGCAGUCUGUGAAGCGAUGUCUCAGCCAGUCCAACUAUAACGUUUUCACCGACGCCAUGGCGGCUUAUAAGAAGAAUGACGACUUGCAGAUCCUCCUCCUUCCGCUCCAGACUCUCUUCUGCCAGGACGCGGGAAAACACGGCCUCAUGCGGGGUUUCUAUCAGUUUAUACGGCCUCACCACAAACAAGAAUUUGAUGCGAUCUGCAGAGAGUUGACGGGCAAAGGUUGCGGAUACAAAGCGGAGCACAGCAUCCCGCGACCGGACAGAGAGAAGGCUCAGGCAGCAGCGGCUGCUUCGGAGCCCAAAGUCACCUUCUCAGAGGGUUCAGAGAGGCACCUAAACCUUGGCGGGGGACACCUGGGCUCCGCUCUAAAUACAGACCCCGUUGGGGGCAAAUCAACGGGGGCCAAACAGGACGGCCGGACUCAGGCAUCCGCGUACCUGAGCCAGGUGAAGCAGGUCCUGGGGUCUUCCAACUUUCAGCGCUUCUCUGCGGCACUUUCAUCGUACAAGAAAACAGACAACUAUCAGGAGAUGGUGUCGGAGAUCGUGGGGUUACUGACCGAGAAGCAGGAGGACUACACUCUCCUGAGAGAUUUUCACCGGUUUGUGCGCCCCCACCACAAAAAUCUGUUUAACCGGCUGUGCGAGGAGCUGACAGGGCCGAGCCGUGCCACAAAACCGCAGAGCUUACCUCCCGGAGAUAUCCAGCGUCCAGGUUCCUCGCAGCGUAAAGAAACCGCACACAACGCCGACAGAAGCCGGCCAACCGGCAGAGAGGCCCCCGGCCUGGAAACCCAGGGACCUGCGCAUGUACGGAGCCCUGCAGCGGCACACUCCGAGAUACCCCCUCAGGGCAGCAAAGUACCCGGUGUGACCGGACUGGGCGGACGGCCCCUUCCUUACAUCGCAGAAGCAGAAGGCCCCGUCUGUCCUCGCUGCACCUUGAGGGGGUGGGUUCCCUUUAAAUGUGCGUCAUGUGAUUUCUACUGCUGCAAAGCAUGCUGGGACCGGCUGCUCAAGAAAGUCAAACAAUGUCCUGCUUGUGGCGUUAAAGCGGCAAAGAAGCACCUUGGGCAGGUUUUCUUCCUCCCGUAGGCCGCAAGGUGGUGUCACCGGGGGCCACAUGCACCUCCGACGGCUCACCACGACGCCGUGUCCUGGAGAUGGCCGCCUGGACUGCCCUGCGAAGCGCACCGGCUGGCGAUGUGGUUUUGGUUGCUGGGCGAAGGAGCCAAGCCUUAAAUCAAUAACUUAAAAUCACCAAACCCAAGUGUUGUGUUUUUCCAACCCUCAUUUAGGUCUGGAGGUUGGAUGACCUGGUGAUGAGUCUCCUGCCCUUUCCAGAACAUUAAGGGGUAUUUUAUAACUCUUGUAGUAACCAAUUCACGGUCAUUAACCCCUCUGUGCCGGGAGCCUGGAUUUUCAGCAUUUUUAUAUAAAUAUUUGUAAUAAAGGCUUUAUUUCGGAGUC